AUGGGCAAGCCACAAGUCGGGAUCAACGGUUUUGGGCGUAUUGGUCGUCUUGUUCUGCGCGCUGCUGUCGCCAGCAACACUGUCGAUGUUGUUGCCGUCAACGACCCCUUCAUCGACCUAGAAUACAUGGUCUACAUGAUGAAGUAUGAUUCCACUCAUGGCAGGUACCCCGGCGUUGUCAAGGCCGAGGGCGGCAAACUGGUCAUUGACAACCACAAGAUUACCGUCUUCCAAGAAAGGGACGCUGGCGCCAUUCCGUGGUCCCAGACUGGCGCCCAAUACAUCGUUGAGUCCACCGGUAUUAACACGACAACUGAAAAGGCCUCGGCUCACUUUAAGGGUGGUGCUAAGAAGGUUAUUAUUUCGGCCCCUUCCGCUGAUGCUCCCAUGUUCGUGGUCGGUGUGAACGAGGAUAAAUACCAGCCCUCAAUGAACGUCGUCUCCAAUGCCUCCUGCACGACAAAUUGUCUAGCUCCAAUGGCGAAGGUCAUCAACGACAACUUUGGCAUUGCUGAAGGUCUUAUGACUACUGUUCACUCCUACACUGCUACGCAGAAGGUUGUUGACGGUCCCUCGGCCAAGGCCUGGCGUGACGGUCGUACUGCCGCACAAAAUAUUAUUCCUGCUUCAACCGGCGCCGCUAAGGCCGUCGGCAAGGUCAUUCCUGAGCUUAACGGGAAACUCACUGGCAUGGCUUUCCGCGUGCCCACACCCAACGUCUCUGUCGUCGACCUCACCUGCAAGCUUAGCAAGGCCGCCACAUACGAUCAGAUUAAGGCCGCCAUGAAGGCUGCAUCUGAAUCGCCUUCUAUGAAAGGCAUUCUUGAGUACACGGAGGACCAAGUCGUCAGUUCUGAUUUUAUCUCUACCACCUGCUCUUCAACUUUCGAUGCUCGCGCUGGUAUCGCUCUCAAUGAUACCUUCGUGAAGCUCAUCGCAUGGUACGACAAUGAAUAUGGCUACAGCUGCCGUGUUGUUGAUCUGAUCAACCACAUGUUCAAGAAGGACCACUGA